AAAGGUUAAUUUAAAUCGCAAUAGCAACCCUGGACUUAGCGUAUAAUUUUUUUUGCGUUAUUUACAAUAUACAUUAAAUAAAUUGAAAAACUUAUCUAAAAUGGGUGCUCCGGAACUUCCUAACGAUAUAGGUGAUGAGAAAAUAAGUGACUAUAUUGUGCAUCAACAGCCUAUACCAAACGAAGAUAGUGAUAAUGAAGACCAAAUGAACACUUACGAAGGCUAUGAAUUGUUAGAUGACAACGACACUAAUAUGGGUAGAAAUGUCAGUGUUAUGGAUGAUGAUGAUGAUGAUGAAUGUGUUGAAGACAGUAAUAUGGAAACGAAUUCAUUAGAUGCCGAAACAGAGCGAUUGUCUAACGAUCCUAAUUUGCCAAAUAUUGAAGCCGCCAGUAUACAAAUUGCUCGCCAGCUAUGGAGUGAACCACGGCCAAAAGAACUGCAAUUAGAGUUAGACAAUAAGACAACAGAACAGAUAUUAAAUGUCAUGGCAAAUAUAACCUUGCCAUCAAACAUAACAAUACCUGACUGGGCGACUAAUAUACCAGAAGAACGUUGGAAACAGGAUUUAUUACAACGUAUUAGGCAACGUAAAGAAGAACCAGCUAAUACUAAUGAUAUGCAAAAGAAGCUCAGUUAAAGUGUUUCUUUUUUACGUAGAUAAUGACAAUAUUAUUAUUAUUAUUUCCCUUGUUAGUGUCGCCGUUUUUUAUAAGAGCUUAAGACGGAAAUGACGAUAUUAAAUAUAUAAAAUUAUAAUAAAAAACAAUAUGAAAAAUAAGUUAAAUAUAUAAAAUAUAGCACAUAAUACAUAAUAUAUGAACCAUACUAACUAAUGUUUAUUUAAAUUUAAUAUAUUGCUUAAUAAACAUAUUUAAAUUAUUGAAUU